AUGUUGAUGUUUACACAUGCCAAGAGGGGCCUGGUAAAAUGGAUGCAACUGGCAACUAUUCAGCACCGAUGUUUUGCCGCUGCCGGUAGCCGGUGUUGGAAAUGUAGUAGUUUAGAAGUUAAGAAUAUGUUUUUCUGUGCAUCCUGUGGCACAAUACGCGAAACUUCAAGGGACAAAGAUUUCUUCGAGCUGUUAAAGAUCAACAAAGAGUUCAAGAUAGAUCCCUCGACAUUAGUGCUGAAUUAUCGCCAUAUUCAAAGUAUGAUACAUCCGGACAAAUUUGCCCAAAAAUCCGAGCACGAAAAGGCAAUCGCAUUGGAAUGGAGCUCCUUAAUCAACAAAGCCUACAAGACACUCUCUAAAUCAAUUGACAGAGGCAGAUAUAUGCUUGCGUUGAAAGGAGUUUCCAUUUCGGAAGAAAAUACUUCUGUCGAUAAAGAAUUUCUCCUCGACAUGAUGGAUGUAAAUGAAUCGGUAGAAGAAGCUCAAACUACGGACGAACUAGAAAAACUAGGAUCACAAUUGUCAGGAGACAUCGAGGCUCUCAAUUCAAAGCUAAUCGAGUUAUUUGAGACCAAUAAUAUGGAUGGUGCCAAAGAGACGAUAAUUCGUCUAAAGUAUUUGAUAAACGUCGAGAACACCAUAAAAGAAAAGCUAUUGCAACUGAAUCUUAAAUCUUGA